UGGAGGGGUCUGUAGCAAACGGCAUGUCGGCGCCUUCACCUGGGGCUGGGUGAUGUGCUUUUUAUGUAGCAAAAAAGAAAUGAUACUGCGAGAUGAUUGUUGGAAGUGGGAAAACCUUUUGCGGGGAGCAUGCAAAUGCUGGUGAAGAGAGUGAGAAAAAGCGAAUACCCUGUCCUCUGGACCCCAAACAGAUUCUUACGUGUUUACCUGUUUCCUCGGGACUAAAUACCAAACUCGUUGAAAACAUAAUCUCACAUUCUGCUCUACAUGAGCCUCUAAGUGACCCAAAGAAUGGAGAUUCUGCCUUUAAACAUCUCAAGCAACAGGCUUCAAUUCUGGGAAACAUGGAGGUUUUAGAACUGCUCAGCCCAAACAGAUGCUACAUAGAGUUUGGAGCAGGGAAGGGAAAACUGUCCCACUGGAUUCACAUCGCUCUUAAAGCAGCUGAAAAUGUCCAUUUUUUACUUGUGGAAAGGUCCAGUACUCGCUUUAAGGUAGAUGGCAAGCACAAAAAUGCAGGCUCAACUUUUGAUAGGCUUCAGGUUGAUAUUCAGCACCUUGAUUUACGGAAUGUCCCUCUUCUGAGAGAAAAAGGACUUCCUGUUAUUGGUGUUGGGAAGCACCUGUGUGGUGCAGCAACUGAUCUGGCCCUUCGGUGUUUAUUUGAGCACAGCUGCUUCGACGAAGAUGAUGAACCUCCAACCAAGCGUGUAAAACUCCAUCAGAAUGAGGGUGCUUGUGAUGAUAUUAAGCCUGUUCCCUCAACCGAAGGCAGGGAAACUGGUGAAAAGCUCAUAGUGUCAGGACUGGCUAUCGCUCUUUGCUGCCACCACCGUUGCGACUGGAGACACUACGUGGGAAAAGAGUUCUUCAGGCAGAGAGGUCUUGGACCGGAAGAGUUUGCUGCCUUUCAGCGCAUGUCGAGCUGGGCCACUUGCGGGAUGAGAAAAAUUGGCUCCAAGACAACAGAAAAACGAAGUGAACAUAAAACCGGUGAAGAGGAAGAACAUGAGAUGAGCGAGGAAGCUUUACCAGAUACCCUCAACAGUUUGAUGUCAGUUGAAGAUUGGGAACAGAUCGGACGGCUUUGUAAACAGAGUGUAUUACCUUCAGCAAAAAGGCUUUGAAACUAGCCUGAAAUACUACA